CCGUGUUUGCGUUUGACAAAGAAAUGAUUUGAACUUCCCGGAGCCGCAGCGAGCCGGGAUCCCGGGCCCAUAUGGAUGUGAUUUCGCAGCCCCGUCCCAGAUGAUCCGGCGGCACCGGGAGCCGCCGAGCGCCUCCGCCGCCUCUCCCUUCCCCGUCCGCCCAUGGGCUCCGCCGCGGGAUUUCGGGAGCUGCCCGCCGCUCCAGCCAUGAGAAAACGAGGAAAAAACCCGGCGUCUCCCGUCAUGUGCCUCUCGGGCUGAAAAGCUGGGGAGCCGGAGGAGCGGAAUCCCUUCGGCGGAUCCGGGAGGACGGGGAGAAAGCCGCGCCGCUGGAAUUCCGAGCUCGCCUCCUCCUCCCGCUUCCCUGCGCGGGGCUGGAUGCUGGAAGCAGCCCCUUGGAUAUGGGAUCAUAUCUGGUGUAUCCCAGCCUGGGUUUGAUCCUCUGCUGCUCCGUGCUCAGCUCCGUCUACGCGCUGGUGGAUGCCGACGAUGUCAUCACCAAGGAGGAGCAGAUCUUCCUCCUGCUGAAGGCCAAGGCCAAGUGCGAGCGCCACCUGAAAGCCAAGGUGCCCAAGGUGCACGAUGGAUUCUGCCUUCCGGAGUGGGACGGCAUCGUGUGCUGGCCCGAGGGCGUGCCCGGCAAGGUGGUGGCCAUGCCCUGCCCCGAGUACAUCUACGACUUCAACCACAAAGGCCACGCUUAUCGCCGGUGUGACCUGAACGGGAGCUGGGAGCUGGUCCCAGGCAACAACCGCACCUGGGCCAACUACAGCGAGUGCGCCAAGUUCCUCACCAACGAGACGAGGGAAAGGGAGGUCUUUGAUCGCCUCUAUUUGAUUUAUACUGUUGGAUACUCCAUCUCCCUGGGAUCCCUCACAGUUGCUGUCCUUAUCCUGGGAUACUUCAGACGUUUGCACUGCACUAGGAACUACAUCCACAUGCACCUGUUUGUGUCCUUCAUGCUGAGGGCCGUCAGCAUCUUCGUGAAGGACGCGGUCCUGUACUCCGGGUCAGCCCUGGAGGAGAUGGAGCGCAUCUCCGAGGAGGACUUGAAAUCCAUCACGGAAGCACCUCCAGCGGAUAAAUCGCAGUUUGUGGGCUGUAAAGUAGCUGUCACCUUCUUCCUCUACUUCCUGGCUACCAAUUACUACUGGAUCCUGGUGGAAGGGCUCUAUCUCCACAGCCUCAUCUUCAUGGCAUUUUUCUCAGAGAAGAAAUAUCUCUGGGGAUUCACAUUAUUUGGCUGGGGACUCCCUGCUGUGUUUGUCACAGUGUGGGCCAGCGUCAGAGCCACUCUGGCCGACACAGAGUGUUGGGACUUGAGUGCUGGCAAUUUAAAGUGGAUUAUUCAGGUGCCCAUCCUGGCAGCUAUCGUGGUAAAUUUUAUUCUCUUUAUCAAUAUUAUCAGAGUCCUAGCAACCAAGCUCCGAGAGACGAAUGCAGGGAGGUGCGACUCGAGACAACAGUACAGGAAGCUGCUGAAAUCUACCCUUGUCCUUAUGCCUCUGUUUGGCGUUCACUAUAUUGUUUUCAUGGCUAUGCCAUACACAGACGUGUCAGGGAUUCUUUGGCAAGUUCAAAUGCACUAUGAAAUGCUGUUCAACUCUUUCCAGGGAUUUUUUGUUGCCAUCAUAUACUGUUUUUGCAAUGGAGAGGUCCAAGCAGAAAUAAAGAAGUCAUGGAGCAGGUGGACUUUAGCACUUGACUUUAAAAGGAAAGCCCGGAGUGGGAGCACAACCUACAGUUAUGGACCAAUGGUUUCCCACACCAGCAUCACAAAUGUAGCCACCAGAGGGGCGCUUGCCCUCCACCUCAACACGAGACUUAUUCCAGGGACCCUCAACGGCCACAGGAAUUUGCCAGGUUAUGUGAAAAAUGGCUCCAUUUCAGAGAACUCCAUGCCUUCCUCCGGCCCGGAGCAGUACAACAAGGAUGAGGAAUACCUGAACGGCUCCGGGCUCUACGAUGGAGACAGACCCACGGUCCUGGUGGAAGAGGAGAGAGAGACAGUGAUGUAAAGACAGCAGGAGGAAAGGAAAAAUGCAGCCAAAGGAUGGAAAAAAAAAAAUGGUUCCUGGAGAGCAUUUAGUGGGAAAAGACCAUCAGGCCAUGCAGCGGAUUCCGAGGGUUUCCAUGCAGCUCCUCUGCUCUGUGGAAUGAGAGAUUAAGUUAUUUGGGGAAACAAAAAAAAAAAAAAAAAAACCAGAAAGCGAACCACCAGCGUGGCCAGUGGGUGAUGCCAUCCGUGAAUUCCGUGAUCCACGUUCUCCUGCUGAUAACAGAGCUCUCCAGACCUGCUGGACACUGGAGACCAGGGCUGCAAAGCCCUGCGUGGUCCUUGGAUCCCUCGGGGAGCGUGGGCGGCCGAGGAGGACGGGAGCGUCCCCCAGGAAAGCAGGAGGCGUGCAGGGAGGGUGCAGGGCCAUCGUCCUGGCAGGGGACAAGCCACCCUGGGGGGCAGUGCCUUGGGUUUGGUUUGUUCUCUGCCUGUGGAUCUGCCUGGUGACACACACAGGGCUGGGAAAGGCCCCUCCAUCCGUCGGUCAAAGGUUGUGUUGGGUACAACCAUCCCCAUGUUCUUCUUCCCUUGGGAAUUCUCACUCCUUGCCAAAAUGCUUCUCCGGGGUGGGGAGGGUUAACAGCUCAUGGAGGCAGGCAGGGAUUGUCCUCCCCUUUCCCUGAGUCCUGGGGCAAGGCAGGAACUGGUACAAUUUUAGGGUUGGAUGUGGUGAUCGGCAUGUGUGGCAUUCCUGCUCUUCCAGAGGGGCAGGUGGAGAGGGAACCACCGAGGGCACGGAAUUUGCACAUCCCAGAGGGGUGAUUGUGGCUAAAAUCAGCUCCCGGGGUGGAUCCCUCGGCCCUGCCUUUUUGUGGGUGCUCCUGGAAAGCAGCUUCCAUCCUUUCUUAAAACUCGGGAUUGUUCCUCACUCUGCUCUCUGGAUGUCCUGUUUGUGGAAUUCUGGAAUGGUUUGGGUUGGAUGGAACUUUAAAGGUCACCUUGUUCCACCCCCUGCCAUGGCAGUGACACUUCCCACUGUCCCAGGUUGCUCCAAGCCCUGUCCAGCCUGGCCUUGGACUCUUCCAGGGAUGUGGAAUCUGUGGAUGUGGAUCCACAGUUUCUCUGGAAAAUUAAUCCAAACCCUAAUGGGGAAAAAGACUCCACCAGCUGCUCUUCUGAGGGCUAAUUAAGGUUUCAUUUCCUCAGAGUCUGAAGGAAGUCAGGAAGAGCAGGUGGGAUCCUGACCUUGUGUCCCCCAAACUCGGUAGCCUAAAUGGUUUUUAAUUUCAGAUUCAGAUGUUUCUCAGAUUACCUCUGACCAAAGCCCAGAGGAAUCCAGGGAAAAGUCUCCUCCCUCUGACAUGUCCAAGGUUUGGAUUCAGACCUGGUGGGGAAUGUGGUGGCUGUGAGGUCCUGACAGGAGCUGGAGCUCCUCUCCAUCCUCACAGGAUCCCAGAAUCCCUGAGGUUGGAAAAGCCCUCAAGUUCGAGCUGUGCCCAAUCCCAUCAGAGCACCAAGUGCCACAUCCAGGAAUUCCUGGGACACCUCCAGGGGUGGGGGCUCCAAACCUCCCUGGGCAGCUCCUUCCAAGGCCUGAGCACCCUUUCCAUGAGGAAAUUCCUGCUGCUGUCCACCCCGAGCCUGCCCUGGCCCAGCCUGAGGCUGUUCCCUCUUGUCCUGAACAGAAAUCUUUGACAGCCAAUAUUUAUUCAUGAUGUUCUUCUCUUGUUUCACCUCAUCAAAAGAAGUCAGACCUCAUCAUAAUCAUUUCCCACCAAAUAAGAGUUAUCAAAAUAACAACUUUUCAAAAAUCAAAUCAUUUUCCUGCUCUCUUCUUCUACCCCUCCUGAUUUUCUGGCUCAAAGAUAUUUCUAAGUUAUAAUUUUACUGCUGGAACAAAGCAAAAAUACCAAAAAACCCCAAGCAGUGACUCACUCUUUGCUUGUGUUUAUUACUCAAGAUUGAGAACAUUUGACAAUCCCUCAGAAAUUCAAGGAAUCAGCAAAAGCCAUAAAUUUAUUUAUAAACAAACAUAACCCCCGCUCCUAAAAUGCAGAUCUCACUGAGAUGAAUUCAACACUGGAUUAUUUAGGAUUAACAUAAAUCAAACCUCUUUUUAAAUGUAGAUGAAAAUUACAGGCACUAGGGCUGUGCAGGGGGAAGAAAUAUUUUUCAAAAUGCUUUGAAUUGCAAAUCGUAGGUAGAUUUUUCUUUCCUGGAUGUUUCUGUGCGUGAGCAGCAUCCAUGUAAAAAUUGGGAUAAUGCUGACACCAAAACAGAGGGAAAACUGCCACUAAGGCCCAGCAGGAUCUGUUUGUCACAGUGUGCUCCCAUCAUUCCUGGGCUGAUCCCAAACUCCUGAUUGAGCUUAUGGAUCAGAAUCUGUUAUCUGGAGAUCCAGGGUCAUCCCUCCUGGAUUUUAAUGAGGAAGAACCAGAGCUGGGAUGUGUGGAAAGAGAGAAGAAGCCCUAAUUUUGGGUUGGGAUUUGCUCUGGGAGGACAAAUGGAAAGAUGCUGUUGGAGCUUAGCCAGAGCCUUUGGAUCCAGAGCAGGCUCCAGGAGUUCAGGACAUUUCCCAAGGAGUUUGUCCCCACCCAAAGGUCUGAGUCCCCCUGGGAUGACAGUUCCUCCCCUGUGGGAUUUUCCUGUGGAAACGCAGCCCCAAAGGCCACGGGAAACAGAAACCUUGGAGGGGAGGAUUCAUUGGUUCAGGAUUCACCCACUGCCCUCCACAAAUCCUGCAGGAACGACAGGGCUUGUGCCCAUCCCAGUCCAGAUCCAACAGGGGAUUGUGGAGCAGAGGGAGCAGAUGGAGCUGGAGUGUUAUUGUGUUUGUGGGGUGCCCCGUGGCAGGGAGGAAUGAUGGAUCUGACUCCAUGUUCUCAGAAGGCUAAUUUAUUAUUUUAUGAUCUAUAUUAUAUUAAAGAAUGCUAUACCAAACUAUACUAAAAAAUAGAGAAAGGAUACAGACAGAAGGCUAAAAAGAUAAUAAUGAAAACUCGUGAUUCUUUCCAGAGUCCCAACACAGCUUGGGCCUGAUUGGUUAAUGAGUCAAAAAAAUUCACAAGAAUCCAAUGGAACAAUCACCUGUGGGUAAACAAUCUCCAAACACAUUCCAAAGCAGCAAAACACAGGAGAAGCAAAUCAAAUAAUUAUUGUUUUCCUUUUUCUCUGAGGCUUCUCAGCUUCCCAGGAGAAAAAUCCUGGGCAAAGAGAUUUUCCCUAAAAAUAUGAAUGUGACAGGGUGUAGCAAAACGUGAUAUGGGAUUGUUGUCAUGGAAUCGUUGUCAUGGAUUCCUUUGUCAUGGAUCCGUUGUCACAGAAUCAUUGUCACGGAAUUGUUGUCAUGGAAUCAUCCCAGAAUGAGCUGGGUUGGAAAGGACCUUAAAGCCCAUCUCAUUCCAUGGGCAGGAAGAUCUUCCACUAUCCCUGGUUGCUCCAAGCCCUGUCCAACCUGGGAAAACAGGGGAAGAAACUUCCCCAAGGAAGAGGAAAAUAUUCAAAAGAGCUGUUCCCUGGUUUUCCUUGGUUUUCCCUCCUCCUUUGUGUCAGAUCUGUGCCCGUGUUUCUCUCAUCCUAGAAAACAUCUGGCAAUACUCCAUGGAGUAUUUCCAUGGAGCCUCUCACUUCCCCCAGCCAAGCUGUGCAUUGCAGUGUCCCAGCUGGAAUCUCCCUGGAAUCUUUUGGAUCAUCAUCCUCUUCUCCAGAGCCACACGUUGGGCUUGGACAGGGAAUCUCAGCCCUGGCAGGUUCCUCUAUUGUUCCUCUUCUAUUCCCAUCCACAGCAGCAGAGUUCUCCUUGGGAUUCCUUGCUCCACGAUCCCGCUCUUUUCUGGGAUUUGACAGCUGUUUAAUCUUCCUUUUAUUUCUUUGGGAUGACUUUUGGCAGCAGUUUCACCAUUCCUGCUUCUCCUGGAUAAGGGCAGACAAUUGUUUUUCUGCCUCCUCCAUUCCCCUUGGUCCGGGUUCAGAUGAGAUCAUGUCUUGUCCUACCCCUCAUCAUUCCUCAGCUCUGCUCCUUGUCUUCUUCUGGAGCCAAAAAAGUUCACAAAGAUCUCCCAAAAUCGAAUUUUUUCAGCCAGGGAUUGGCUUUGUUUAUCUGUUUAUGGGCAAUCAGCUGGAGGUCAGGGAACAUCCACAGCGCUGGGAAGAAUUUUCCACUUUAUAAACCGUAAAAAUCCACAGAGAGGGAAGAUCUCCAAAGUUUUUAUUCCUCUUGGUUGUCUUGACGAACUCGGUGGCCGAAAGGGUUUUUAAUUUCAGAUUCAGAUGUUUCAAAAAGUUAAGAAACCUCAUUUAUAAGUUGAGAUCCUUUUUCUCACGUGUCCUCCUUGGUGAUUCCAUGUUCUCCCUGAGGUUUUUGUGCCCUCCUUGAUGUUUCCAUGUCCUACUUGAUGUCUCCAGGUCCUCCUUGAUGUUUUCAGCUCCUCCUUGGUGUUCCCAGUGUUUCCAUGUCUUUCUUGAAGUUUUCAUGUCCUUCUUGGUGAUUCCAGGUCCUCCUUGGCAUUUCCAUGUCCUCCUCAGUGUUCCCAGCUCCUCCUUGGUGUUCUCAGGUUCUCCUCAGUUCUUCCAUGUCCUCCUCAUUGUUUCCAGUUCCUCCCGGGUGAUUCCAUCUCCUCCUCAAUGUUUCCAUGUCCUCCUCAAUGUUUCCAGGUCCUCCUCGGUGUUCCCAGAUCCUCCUUGGUGUCCCCAGAUCCUCCUCAGUGUCCCCAACUCCUCCUUGGUGAUUCCAGGUCCUCCUUGGUGUUUUCAUGUCCUCCUUGGUGUUCCCAGGUCCUCCUCUGUUUCCAGGUCCUCCUUGGUGAUUCCAGGUCCUCCUCAGUGUUUCCAGGUCCUCCUUUAUGUUUCCAGGUCCUCCUUGAUGAUUCCAGGUCCUCCUUGGUUUUCCCAGGUCCUCCUUGGUGUUUCCAAGUCCUCCUCGAUGUUUCCACGUCCUCCUUGGUGUUCCCAGUUCCUCCUUGGCCAUUUAAAGCUCAGAGACACCAAACAAACUUUGCUGAGACACAAAUCCUUCAGCUGUGCUUCCGUUGGUGAUUAACUCCAAACUAAUUUGCUGUCAAGGCUUUUAACGGCCCUUGAUGAAUCUCCUAAUCCUGGUUUUCCUUCCCUCAGUGCUGACAGGAAUCCUCACUGGCUGCUUUUUGCUCUGUAGGAGGUUUGGGACGGUUUGGAGCCGGGAUUUUCUUCUGGGAGUCUUUUUCCCACACUUCAAUUCUUUUUAUUCCAAACUGUCCCUCCAAAACAACCCCAAAAUCUUAUUUAAAUAACUUAAUUCAGCAUUUAAUGUCUUCUUUUAACUGGGUGCAGAUUUGGCUGGAGGAAAGGGUUUAUGGUUCAAAGCCAAUCUCAGCUGGCAGUUCCCAAACCAGUCCAGAGCUUUGGGAUGGGAAUGGGAUUUCCUUGGAUCACCUUGGAUCACUCACUGUACUCAUCACACCUGGGGCAGAGUUCAUGUAUCCUGAGGUGGGAGAUGACUCCCAAAGAGUCCCAAAUCUUGGUGGAUUUAUGGGAAAAUGGCACAGAGAGGAGGGGAAACACUCAUUGUGUUUGUGCCCCACUCCAGGAGGAUUUCAAACAACAAAAUAGAAAUCUUAAGCUAUUUUUGUUUAUUUUCCGGGGUCCUGCUGAGAGCUCUGCUGGGCUCUGGACAGUGUCUGGAAUUCUGGCUUCUCCCAAUUCUCUGUGCUGGAUGAAACCUCCCCAGUGGGUGGGCAGAGAUGUUCUGAGCUGGACUCCAGGGCAGGACCGCUGGAAGCAGCUCCAAGGUGGAUUUGAGAUUCCUUGGCAUGAGGCAGGAGCUGCUCAUCUGAAGGGAAUUGGGGUAACUCAGAGCAGGGAAAAGGCAGAACAGCUCUGGAGCUAAAGCACAGCUUGGGACUCGUGUCCAAUUUGCAGAAUGGAUUUCAAAGCCAGUUUCCAACUGCAGCUCCAGAAAUGCUCUGCUGAGAAUUACAGACCAGGAUUAGGGUUUGGAUUAAAUCCAAGGACAGCUGAUGAUCAGCUGGACAUAAAACAAUCCCAUUUAUCUGUUCCUUUCCUUUCCUUUCCUUUCCUUUCCUUUCCUUUCCUUUCCUUUCCUUUCCUUUCCUUUCCUUUCCUUUCCUUUCCUUUCCUUUCCUUUCCUUUCCUUUCCUUUCCUUUCCUUUCCUUUCCUUUCCUUUCCUUUCCUUUCCUUUCCUUUCCUUUCCUUUCCUUUCCUUUCCUUUCCUUUCCUUUCCUCCUUCCCAACCUUUCAUAUGUGAACUCAGAUCCUCCAAAUUUCCCCACUGUUUUCCUCAAGGAUCUCAGUGUUCCAGAGUUCCCAGAAAUAUUUCCAGCAUGUCCAGGGAUUUGGGAUGAGAACUGAUCCAAUAUUAAAUUUGAGUUUCACCUUCUCAUCUUCUCACAUCCCAAAAUCUGCCCCCAGAGAGGCAUUUCCAGGGCUGGAAAUCAGCUGAGGGAUUGGCAAGGCCAGGAAUGAGUGAAAAUUUCUGGAAAACUCACCCAAUUAAUCAGGAGUUACUCCAAUAAAUCUGAAUUCUUUCCAUACAGACAGAUCUGAUGGGGUAAAUUAGUGCCUAAUUAGGAUUUCUUCUAAUUGGAGGAAUAAUAAGAGAGCAAAAGGGGGAAGGUGGGCUGUGAUAAAGUCAGUACAACUUCCUCUUCAUCUUCAUCCUCACUGCCACUUUUCCUUCUAUUUUUUCACUGGAAAACUUGGUAAAUUAGAACAAACUCAGCUUGAGAACAUGGAAUUUUGACCCAUUUCUCCUGGGUCCCAGAGAGAAACUUCUCCCUUUGACUGGAGCAAUGGUUUUCCUGGUACAUUAACAAAGGAAUUCAAUGGAAUUUAACUAUUUCCUCAGAUUGGGGUUAAUGAUUCUGGGGGUUAAUUGGUGGGGUGUGCAAAACCGGAGGUGCUGGCACAGUUUGGGACAAAAUCCUGUUCCCAGGAAAAUCAGCCCCAAGGUGUCUGUUGAUUUCCAUGGAAUGGCCUUCACCUAUAAAUUCUAAAAGGGGAAUUAUUCAAAUAAAUUUCCUGUUCCCAAAACUUUGAUUGGCACUGAGCUUUCAGGGUGUCUUUACCCUUUAGAUCCAGAAUCCAGAAGGAUGCCUGACAUCCAGAGGCAGGAGAAGGUCUGAGGGGAAGAUUCCUCUCCUAAAGUUCUUCAUUUUCUCUUGGUAUCAGCUUGCCCAUGUGGAGAUUCAGGAUGUGGGAGACACUUGGCUGGAAAUACCUGGGAUUGAAAUGUUUGGGAUGAAGGGAUCAGCAUGUGCCUGGUUUCCAAAAUGCCCAGGGUUGCAUCCUCUAAAAUAGGGACACAAAUCCACUGGAAAAGCAGCUAAAGCCCAGCUUAACUAAAAGUGGCCCAAGCAGGCUCAGGUGCCUGAAGAGGAGACAAAAUCAUGAGAAGCAGCAUCGAUUUAAAACAGAGCUUUAUGAGACUUGAGCCAGCCUAAAGAUAGAGCUGAGCUUUUCUUGCCAGGCCAAUCUUUUACCUCAUCCUCUAUCUAAACAAAUCCUUCUUCCUUGAGAGCUGCAGGAAAGGAGCAAUCAGAGAAUCCCAGGAUGGGUUUAGGUUGAAAAGGAGCUUUAAAACCACCGAAUUCCAAUUCCAUAGAAUUAUCCCAUGUUCUCCAAGCUAUGCCCCACAAGGCCUUGGACAAGAAGCCAUCUGUUGUUAAAGGUGGGAUCCUUGGCAGGCCAGGAUGGAUGAGGUGGAACUGGUGGGACAGGAGGGGUGGGAGAAGAGGAAGGAGAGGCACAGCCGAGCACCAAACCCAUCCCACAUUCCAAAUCCUUGAUGGAGCUCUUCCCAUCGGGAUCCAUGAGGAGACAAACCUGCUGCUGAAGCCCUUUGCAGCUUCAGGGUGACCCAGCCCUGGUGGCCACCACAAAUCACAGGGUCUGGGCUUUGGGAAAUGGGGUUUUUCCAGAAUAUUGGCUCCUUUUUCCACCCGGAGCAGGAGGGAGAGGAGCAGGGGGGUGUUUGUCCCUCUGCAACACUGAAGUGGGUUUCAAGACCUUGUUCCCCUCCAGAAGAGGGGCAAACCCCAAAAAAACCUGCAGGAAAAAGGUGUGAUUAUUGCAGGGGCUUUGCCAUGUGUGUGUCUCCAGGCAGGAAUUUGGUUUACAUUCCUCCACUUCUGCUUUCUGCAUGGACCAAAGUAACGAGCGGGAAAAGGCAAACCACAGGUGUAUGUAAAAGGGAAUUCCAAUAAAAAAGAAACCUUUAUUGAUUCUCAUGGAA